AUGCGAACUACGGUGUACGACAAUAAGAACUCCACGGUGGAAUCCGUGGUCAAAUCUAUCUUCGAGCUCCGCCCCAACAUCAGCGGCCUUGUCGGCAUUACCGGACACCACCCCACAGCCCUGACCUACGACCCUUCGAUUGUGGUACGCGCAUGGCAACUGAUGACCAAUGCUACCAAGUCACAGCCGACGCUAUGGAACAACCCGGCGUAUCUAUACGACACAGUUGAUGUUACACGGCAAGCGCUCGCCAAUGCUUUCAUUCCCCUGUACACCGAUCUCAUCUCGACCUGGAACAGCUCUAACUCGUCGCAGACAGCCAUCUCGCAGGCCGGUGACAAGAUGAUUCAUAUCCUAACCGAUUUGGACCGUGUCCUCGGGACGAAUGAGAAUUUCCGCUUGUCCACCUGGGUCAACUCGGCUCGCGCCUUAGCGAAUGGCAACGAGACCCUUGCUGCAUCUUAUGAGUACAAUGCGCGAAACCAGAUUACCCUCUGGGGGGCCUCGGGGGGAGGUUCACGAUUAUGCGUCCAAGCAAUGGAGUGGCCUUGUCUCCUCGUACUAUGUACCACGAUGGACCAUAUUUGUUGA